GCGGCAGAUGACAGAAGUUUGUUACGCUCGUAAAUAACGCAAACUGGUUUAUUAAUCCGGAAACAAGAUUAUAAUUGAGAUAAGAUGUCGAAGAAACAGAUCUUCUAUUCGGACAAGUACAAUGACGAUGAGUUCGAGUACAGGCAUGUUGUGCUUCCGAGGCAGCUGUCUAAACUGGUGCCCUCCUCCCAUCUGAUGACAGAAGACGAGUGGAGAGGACUGGGGGUGCAGCAGAGCCAGGGCUGGAUGCACUACAUGGUUCACAAACCGGAACCACACAUACUCCUUUUCAGAAGGCCUCUUCCUAAGGAAUGAAAGGGCGACGUCUUCAGGCUGUGUAGCUCCUUUGCUUUUUUUUUUUGUACUGGCAUUGAGUUACAUUUAUAUCUACAUAUGAUUUGUGUAGAAAACGUUGCGUUUUUCUUUCAGAAUCCCAACAUUGUUUUGCUUGUAAUGAGAGGCAAGCAGCUUGUGUUCACUGUGAAUGAAAACCUUGUAUAUGCUACAAUAUGAAGGGGAAUGUUUACUUGUCAGUUGUUCACUUUAAACAUUUUUUAAUGCCUUUCCUUGUUCUUCAAGAUUGAUUUCUUGACAGAGUGAUUGUAGGGCUUGUUCCUGUAAUUCUUUUGUUCGCACUAUAUGAAUCUAUUGUUACUGGAUGUUCGACAUGUUCCCAACAAGUACCUUGUUACUUAAAGAACAAAAUAAAAUGUUUUCUGUAA